CACAACACUUUUUUUUGUCUUUCUCUUUCUAAAUAUCUCUCAUAAUAUUCAUAUUUUUUUUCGCGAUAUUUAUUUAAUUUUUGAUGGAUAAAAUUCGCGAAAAUAAUAUUGUUGAGCUUAAAAGAGGUCCAUGGACAGUUGAAGAAGAUUUUAUUCUUGUGAAUUAUAUUGCUCAUCAUGGUGAAGGUCGUUGGAAUACGCUCGCUCAUUGCGCUGGUUUAAAGAGGACGGGGAAAAGUUGUCGAUUAAGAUGGCUGAAUUAUCUUAGACCUGAUGUUAGACAUGGAAAUAUUACACUUGAAGAACAAUUAUUGAUUCUUCAACUUCAUUCACGUUGGGGUAAUAGGUGGUCGAAAAUUGCUCAGCAUCUGCCAGGAAGAACGGAUAACGAGAUCAAGAAUUACUGGAGAACUCGAGUGCAGAAACAUGCAAAAACCCUAAAAUGUGAUGUGAAUAGCAAACAAUUUCAAGAUACAUUGCAUUAUAUUUGGAUACCAAGACUAGUUGAGAGAAUUCAAGCAUCCAAAGUUCAAAAUAAUAAUUCGAUUAGAGUAGCUCAGCAACCCGUUCUAAGAACAGGUAUAACUGAGCUCGUGCCAAUUCAACUGGCGAACAACAGCAACAACAACAACGACAAUAAUAAUAGUAAUUAUUUAAGCGCGACUGUUACACCGGAGAAUUCCAGCGUGGCAACUUCAUCAGAAAACUCAAUUGGAACAACACAAGUUUCACAUAAUCAAGAUUAUUAUCAAGUUAAUCAAAGUGAUUAUCAUCAUCAAUUAUGGUUUGAAGAUAAUUAUCAAGCAAUGGAUCAACAAAAUAGUAUACAAUUAUGGAUGGAUAAUGAAGAUGUUUUUGACAAUUUGUGCAACAUUGAAGACAUUUGGUCCUAAUUAGAAUCUACGUUGCUCGGACUUUUCAAAAAAUAUCAGUGAAUGCGUGUCGGAUACGACAUUCGAAACUGAAGAGUCCGCGCAACUUAGAUUAGAACAGUAAAAUUUAGUCAACAACAAUGUUUGAGUUUUGGCAAAUUUUUUUUUUUUUAGAGUAUGAUAAUAAUAACAUUAAACGUCAACAAGUGUAAGAAAAAACAAUUUUUAUUUUUAUUUGUCAUUAUUUGUAACGUUAGAAAGUAAGUUAUUCAUAUGAAAUACUAUAUAAGUUGAUUGAAUUAUUAUCCAUUUUACGUAGACCUAUUUUCAACCAGCUCAAAUUUGACUCAA